CCAAGGGAAAGCCCUUCCUGCCUCCAGCCACCCAUACUUCCGCUUUCUGCAGACAGCAGCAGGCUCUGGGCUCUGAGAACCCACUGCUGUCUGGCCAGGAGCAUCACAGGAUAUCAGGACUCCAUCCGAAUUCAGAGAUCAGAAGAGGAAAUCAGAUCCCCCAGAGCUUUAGUUAUAGACAGUGGUGAACUGCCUUGUGAGUUCUGGGAAUCGAACCUGGGUCUUCUGAGUCCCCAGAGGCUGAACCGAUGAAGACGACGUGGUGGCACAAGGUCUCAGCGCCAUUGUUCCUGCUGCUCCUGGGCUUUCUCCAUGUCUCCUGGGCCCAAAGCAGCUGCACUGGGCCCCCGCGCAUCCCCGGCAUCCCCGGCAUCCCUGGGGUUCCUGGCUCUGAUGGCCAACCUGGCACUCCGGGGAUAAAAGGGGAGAAAGGGAUUCCUGGACUGGCUGGAGACCAUGGUGAUCUUGGAGAGAAAGGGGACCCGGGGACCCCUGGGAUUCCAGGCAAAGUUGGUCCCAAGGGUCCUGUUGGCCCUAAAGGUGCUCCAGGACCCCCUGGAGCCCGUGGUCCCAGAGGUGACUCGGGAGACUACAAGGCUACACAGAAAGUAGCUUUCUCUGCUCUGAGGACCAUCAACAGCCCCCUGCGACGGGACCAGGCCAUCCGCUUUGAAAAGGUGAUCACCAAUGUGAAUGAAAACUAUGAGCCACGAAGUGGCAAGUUCACCUGCAAAGUGCCUGGCCUCUACUAUUUCACCUACCACGCCAGUUCCCGAGGGAACCUGUGCGUGAACCUCGUGCGUGGCCGGGAUCGGGAUCGCAUGCAGAAGGUGCUCACCUUCUGUGACUAUGCCCAGAACACCUUCCAGGUCACCACAGGCGGUGUAGUCUUGAAGUUGGAGCAAGAUGAGGUUGUCCACCUGCAGGCCACGGACAAGAACUCCCUGCUGGGCAUCGAAGGAGCCAACAGCAUCUUCACCGGCUUUCUGCUUUUCCCUGACAUGGAUGCAUGAUCACAAGGUCAAAUCAUACCUAUUCAUGACCAUCUCCUGCCUCCCUACCAGCAAUCCUCCCUGUAUUCCUGACAUCACCCCUGGUCUGCCCGAAGCCCAGGCCAGAGUCCUGUAGAUGUUACAGAAUAAAUGGGCAAAUAAACCUUCAAGGCCAAA